CGCGGCUGGGAGGAGUCCCCGAGAGUUUGCCCGCGAGCGCGGGGAAGUUUGCCUGCAGGAGCUGCGCUCCGGGGAAGGGCUGUACCUGCCGGCGCCCGCUCCUCUCGGCUCCCCGAGUCCGCUCGCCAGGGUUUUAUUUUUGAUUUUUGUUUCUCUGUGCUUGGGGCCACAACCAAUGAUGCCCAGAGGUUACUUCUUGUUCAGAUGUUAUUCUGGUGGUGCGUGAGAACCAUGUAAGAGCUGGGAACAGAAAUUGACUUCUGGCAUGCAAAUCUUAUAUGCCAGCUUAUGAAUGGAGCUAUCUCUGAAACCCAGGUUAUCUCCUGUAACGAGUGAUUGAGACAACAAGAAAGAAUUUAAUAUCACUAGAAAAACAAGCCAUGUGAUCUUCUGAAAUGAGGAGAAAUGCAGCCAUCUGAAGUGGUCAUGAACCCCAAACAAGUGUUCCUCUCAGUGCUGAUAUUUGGAGUAGCAGGGAUAUUCCUCUUCAUGUAUUUGCAGAUCUGGAUGGAAGAACAACAUACAGGGAGAGUGGAGAAGAAAAGAGAACAAAAGGCAACUUCAGGAUGGGAGCCAGUAAACUACUUGGGACCUGCAGCCAGAAUCCUGGCUAAAGAAAAGAUCCAGGAUCAUAUCAUCAACCAGAACCCCCAGUUCCACGUGUCUGAGCAUCUGAAGAAUAAUCUCCUCAACUCUGGGAGUCCUACCAGGGUCUUAACCAGAACCAACAACCCACAGGGGAAGGAAGAAGCUUUGAGUAGGACCAGAGGGUCUCCAACAGUUAAGUUGAUUGAAAAACAUCAAGGAGAUAAUACUCUUUUUAAGUUCAGCGAAAUGAAUUGGCCCAUGAGCAUUCGCCCUUUAAACAAAAGUCUAGUCAAAGAUAACAAAUGGAAGAAAACAGAUGUGACCCAAGAGAAACGCAGAUCUUUCCUUCAAGAAUUUUGCAAGAAGUAUGGUGGGAUGAACCAUCUUCAAUCACGUCUUUUUCAUGCGGUAUCCAGGAUCUAUGUAGAAGAUAAACACAAAGUGUUAUACUGUGAAGUGCCCAAAGCUGGCUGUUCCAACUGGAAAAGAAUUCUAAUGGUACUUAAUGGAUUGGCUCCCUCUACAUACAACAUUUCCCAUGAUGCCGUCCACUAUGGGAAGUAUUUAAAAAAGUUAGAUAGCUUUGACUUAAAAGGGAUAUAUACUCGUUUAAAUACCUACACCAAAGCUGUGUUUGUUCGUGAUCCCAUGGAAAGAUUAGUAUCAGCAUUUAGGGACAAAUUUGAACAUCCUAAUAGUUACUAUCAUCCAGUAUUUGGGAAGGCAAUUAUAAAGAAAUACCGGCCAAAUGCCUGUGAAGAAGAAUUAAAUAAUGGAUCUGGAGUUAAGUUUAAGGAGUUUGUCCAGUAUUUGUUGGAUUCCCACCGUCCAGUAGGAAUGGACAUUCAUUGGGAAAAAGUCAGCAAACUCUGCUAUCCAUGUUUGAUCAACUAUGAUUUUGUAGGGAAAUUUGAAACUUUGGAAGAGGAUGCCAAUUACUUUUUGCAGCUGAUUGGUGCUCCAAAAGAACUGAAAUUUCCAAACUUUAAGGAUAGGCACUCUUCUGAUGAAAGAACCAAUGCUCAGGUCGUCAGACAAUACUUAAAGGAUCUGACUACAACUGAGAGACAGUUAAUAUAUGAAUUUUAUUACAUGGAUUAUUUGAUGUUUAAUUACACAAGUCCAUUUUUGUAGUUUGUCUACAUUUUCUAAAACUGUGUGUUUACUUCCUGAUGAUGGCCUCAAAUCAACUACUAUAAUUGUCCUAUAAUUCUGUUUGAGAGAAAUCUAACUAAAUGCAGUUGUCUUGAUUUAAUAAAGACUUUUAUCAAAUUGUAUGACACCAAUUGGCAGAAACUUAUAGGAAAAUUACCUAAAUGUAAACAACUUGAGUUGCUCAAAAAAUGCUUGGAAGAGAGCUGUUUUUGCAUUAUGGAUUGUACUAUAAAAGCAAUAAGCUAGCCAGCUGGUACAAUAACUGCAACAGCCUUUUGCAAUGGUAGGAAAAGGGAACUAAAAAGCAUGUGUGUUUGUCUACAUCCUGUAAUUUGUUGUCUAAUGUGCAUGGAUAUAUUUUUAGCAGUCUGACAUAUUAAUCAAACAAAGAAAGCUUUCUUACACUCUGGAAAUCUUUCUAUCAACUGUAAUGAUACAUUGACUUUGAAAUAUUGAACCUCAGCAUUUUGCUGUAGAUUGGAAGGCAUUGUAUGCUUUACAGUGAAUAUAUUAUAUUGGGGGGGAACAGAUGAGACUAUGGCUUUUUAUACUCAACAGCCAAUAAAAAAAUAUGUGAAACAUGUUAAGAUCAAAGCAAAGGAAAAAAUAGGCAGCCUUCCCCUCCCUUAAAACUUAAGGGAAUUGGUUUUGUUUUCUGUUGAGACCUCUGUACAGAAACAAAAGAACAAAAGCAUGGGACGUCAUUUCUGGAUCAAGCAGUCGAGAAGUUUAAACCUCAUCAGAUAGAAAUGUGCUCCUAAUUCUUGUUUAAUUGGGCGGGAGGAAAACUGUUCCAGAAUGGAAUAAUCAUCAAAAACAAAAGUUGUCACUCUGAAUAUAGACCUCAAACAACAACAAAGCCUUAUAAGAAUAUUAUUUGAAUCAAAGCAUUAUGUGCAUGGCUUUAUAUAUGGAAUGUAUCCUAAAAUAGCUUUGUGUUCUCAGUCUAAUUAUUCAGCUUGUCUAUGAGUUUGAAGGACUAAUAUACCACUUCAAAGAUAAGCUAGAUUGUAGAGAAUCAACUACUAAGAUUCCUUAAAAGCAUUUAACAUGUUUAUACAUAAACAAAUUAAGGUAUUUUUCUUUUUAUUUUUUAAUAUUUGAUACUUUAUGGUUUUUAUUUGUUAUGUUUUGGGGUUUUUUUUGCAGGGAGCAGAGGUGCUCAUGCAGUGGUACUCAGGGCUCACUCCUGUGCUCAGGGAUCACUCCUGGCAGAGCUUGGAGGACCAUAUCUGGUAGCCAGGAUUAAACCCUGGUUAACUGCAUGCAACUACCCACUGUACUAACUCUUCACCAGUAAAGAUCUGGUAACAACAAAAUCAAAUAUUUUGUGAAUUGUCUUUGGAAAAUAUAUCAUUGGAAAAAUAAGACCAGCUGUCACUGAAAAAGUGUGGAAAUUUUUCCCUGAAUCCUAAUUUAAAAGAGACAUUUGAAUGGGGAACUUUUUAAAAUUGGUCUACUGAUACCUUGAGUAUGCAAAUCACAUGUUAUUCAAACUGUAUAAAUGCAUUGCUUCAACAUGUUUCCUCUCCCCAAAUCGUUCAGUAUUUGGUUAUGUCAUUCAAAGAGAAGACAAAGUUAAUAUUUUACCACUAAAAGACCUUGAUAGUUCAGUCAUGCUUAUUUCAUUUUGAUUUUUCAUUCCAUGUCUGGUAUUUAUGGACUGCUUCACUCUUUAGGCAGACCUGCCUGUCCCAUCUGUGUCUCCAAAGCAGUAGGUAACCACCUCAGACCACAAGAUCAUAAGUAUUAAACCUUUCAGUCUAGCCUUUCACUACCUUUCCACUCCACUAACUCUUGCCUCUAGACCAUACACUUAAGCUUUGCCCUCUGUUUUUUAGUAGUUGAAGUCUAGAGUAAAUUAUGAAAUAUAAAUUUUGCCUUACUGUGUAGAGGAGAUCCAAGUCACUUAGAAUCAUUAAAACUCAUUUUUGUAAUGAAAAAGAGAGGGGAAAUUUAAAAUACAGUAAGAGCUGUAGUUUUAUUUCUAUCCCACACAAUUUCACCUAUUGAUAGGAUCAGCUAUUAAGUACACAGGUAAUUAUCUCAAAGAUAAAUCUAGAGCCAUAUAAGUAAUGGAUAAACAAAAACUAUUUAAUAGUUUU